CUUCAUGUAAAUCUGUGCUUUCUUUCUUCAGYUGUGCAGUAAAACUAUUUGUCCGACUUUAUGAAUAAUAAGUCUACAUGUGUGAAUAUGACAGACAUGGAUGAGGAAACAUUUUGGGUGGUGUUGUAGGAGAAAACUGCACAUCUCUUUCUGUGCCAUGCCCUGUGUGUGUCRGUGUGUGUUAGUGUUUGUUGGAGCUCUCAGCAGGCUGGGUGUUUUACAUCUAAGAGGCUUCCUGCUGCAUCCCUCUGCCUGAACAACAAGCUCCCAGCUCUCACUGAUGUGUUAUCGGCAUGGUGAAGCCGGUGGAAACAAACUGACCACCCCGCUCUGAAGAAGAGAGCAGCUCAUCAGUUUAUUCACUGCACAGCAGCAGCUUGGAAGCUUUUAUUGAACUUAUUACAGUUUGAACCACGCCGCCCACUUAGUGGCUCAUGCACUGUGUUUGUUUCCCUACCUGUCCACCUYACACCUCAAGCUGACGCAGAACCCCAGGCACCUCGUCCCCCUUCCCCACCCCCACUCCCACCCUAUCCCCAGUGAUUCACCCCCUCCUGCCAUGGUGUCUGGCACAGAAACGGUGCACUACAUCCACCUGCACAAUUCCAGCCAGUCCGUUCUGGAAGCCCUGCGCACCCAGCGGCGUGAAGGCCUCUUCUGCGAUGUGACCGUGCGCAUCCACGACGCCUCGCUGCGUGCCCACGCCUGCGUCCUGGCAGCCGGCAGCCCUUUCUUCCAGGACAAGCUGCUGCUGGGUCACUCUGAAAUCUCCGUGCCGCCGCUGGUGCCUGCUGAGACCGUGAAGCAGCUGGUGGAUUUCAUGUACAGCGGCUCGCUGGUGGUGCUGCAGUCGCAGGCCCUCUGCAUCCUCACAGCUGCCAGCAUCUUACAGAUUAAGACGGUCAUUGAUGAGUGUACCCAGAUCAUCUCUCAGAGGAAGGCGGCGGUAGGGGCGGCGAGCGCAGCUGCUGCAGCAGCCGCAGCGGCAGCUGCAGGGGCCGGAGCUGGAGGGGGGAUGCUUGGAGGGGUUCUCCCAAAACAAGAAGAACGAGCCAUGGGCAAAGGGAGGGAGAGUGGCAGCAGUGGAAGUUGCUCUGUCAGUAGUGCAGGCGGGGGCGGAGCUUACGCAAACUUCUCUAAUUUCAUGGCUGAAUGUGGGGGUGGGAACAUGGCAGGGGGCCUGGGGGGGGCCAACGUUGGUGUCAAUGAAAGCGGCCCAGGCCCCAUGGAUCAGAAUAGUUCUGUAGGUCUGAUGGCGCUGGGCGACAUGGGGCCCGGCUCYAUGUGUGGCGCCGAUGGUCCCAUCCUCAUGAAGCAGAGCUCCAGCUGUACUCAGGAUGUAAGGUACAAGCUCAGAGACCUGCUGGCCCAGACGGCCAACGGUGCGAGCACCAGCAGCACGGGAAACCUGUCGACGGGCUGCGGCGGCUCCGCUGGGACCAGUGUGGACAGCAUGGGCAGGGACGGCCUCUGCGCCAACAGGACCGACCUCUCCGAUGACCUGGUGGGAAUGGACCGGUACAGCGAGGAGGAGGACCUGGAUGGGAGGGAGCCAGGAAGAGACGGAGACAGAGACAGGGGGGCGAGCCACAGCCGCAAGCAGAGGCAGCCGCUACGACUCCAGGUGCUUGGAGGAGAGGGAGUGGUGGUGAAAGAUGAAGGUGUGCAGGACACAGCUGGGACUGUCUAUUCACUGGAGGAUGGGCGGCGACAUCAAGAGCAGCAGGGCCCCCAGGACUCCUUGGCCAGCUUUGGACAGGAUUUCUAUGAUGAACAAGGAGUGUUUUCAGAGAGUUUCUGGCCUCAGAGUGAACCUCCUCAAGCAAUGGCUUUUAAUCCCAGGGGAAGGGUCAACAAGCCAAUGACUCCACCUCCCACCUCACAGUCCAUCAACAACCAGCUUCUGUUCCAGUACCCAGUAAGCCACUCACAGCCGGCUCCAUUUUAUGUGGGAGGGCCCAUGGGAGGGAUUGACAACAUGGCAGGAACAGAGCCAAGUCAGCAGGCUCCGCYCCCAGCGUCAAUGACCCCUGCCCCACCUCCCUCCACACCCUCAUGUUCUGCAGGGCCCUCUCCCUCCUCCCAGGGAUCUGAGACCUCUUUUGACUGCACUCACUGUGGCAAAUCUUUACGUUCCAGAAAGAACUACAGCAAGCACAUGUUUAUCCACUCYGGCCAGAAACCUCAUCAGUGCUCCAUCUGCUGGCGCUCCUUCUCCCUGCGUGACUACCUCCUCAAACACAUGGUGGUGCAUACUGGUGUCAGGGCCUUCCAGUGCACCAUGUGUGGCAAGCGCUUCACCCAGAAAAGCUCGCUCAACGUGCACAUGCGCACCCACCGUGCCGAGCGCACUUUCCAGUGCAACGUGUGCCACCGGGCCUUCACUCACCGCACUCUACUGGAGCGCCAUGCCCUGCAGCAUGCCCACCACACUCCUCAGACCCAAGGUCAAGGGCGUGGAGCCGACAUGACCUCACCCACCAAGCACAGUCCUCCAGCUAUGGGAGGACCCUCAGGUAUGGCUGGCCCGGCUGGCAUGGUUGGCAGUAUGACCAGCAUGUCAAGCCAUGGAGCUUCUUCCACCUAAAAAUAUAGAAAAGGAAAUUCAGGGGAGAGGAGAGGUUAGUAAGCUCAUUCCUCAAAUCAACACUUAAUUGGUCUUAACAACCUUGUWGACCUUUAUUUCUGGUGGUAAGAGCAUUUAUAGACUUACAGAUCUUAUUUAGCUCAGUGCCACCUUCAGUCAGGGUUCCUGCACAGUACAGGACUUUAAGUCCUUUUAACAUUUUUUAAAAAUACAUAAAUCUAUAAAUGUUUUUUCAAAUUAUACAAAAAGUCUUUAGAAAUCUAGGAGGUGGGAGUCCCAUUUCCAAAAUGUAUCUUARUAGUUGUAGUUCUACUUUAAUUCCUGUGAUGUGACAUUCGUUGCUGUGGGAACUAACCAUAAGCUGCAGAGCAAUGUGUUUAACAAUCAAACAUUGUUAAACGGCCAUUAAUUUUUGAAAUGUGUAGGAACCCUGUGUUAGAGAAACCAGAGUCACCAAAGAAGUUUGGAAAACAGAGCAGGGUUUAGAAAAUGUUAGGGGAAGUGGAAGUGAUGGGGUGGGGGGUGUUACAAGAUGAGUUUCAGUACCCUUCAAUUCAUUUAGUUCAUCACCAGUAACCUUUCUUUCAUGGUAACUGUUAGAAACCAUAGCUAGUUUUACUGACAAACAUUCAUUUAAAUGUCAGUAUUUAAGCAAUUUGUCUCUCUGAAGACAUUAGAAAGAGAUGGGUAGUUAAGCUAGGAACUUAUUUUAUUUAGUUGUUAUAAGAGAAGUUCGGUUAUAUUGAAGUGGGUUUAUGUAUUAAAUAAAUGAAAUAUCUAUUGUAGAUAGCUUCCUACCUCAGAGACCACAGCAAUCCACUUAGGUUUUAGCUGUGUUCAUACUGGUCUGUAGCUUAUCAGUCCUGUCGACUCAUAAACAUACUAACAGACCAGUUGUCCCCACCUUUGGUUGGGAAUUAAAGCAGGGCUGAUGGUAUUACGGUACUGUGUCGGAUUUCCGGCUUACCUCCAUAGAGAGAAAAAAAAUCAGACUUACUGGGAAAAAUGUUUAACAGACAUUUCUCUGGACCAAUCAGAGGAGCAGCUUUCACUUUAAACACACUAGACAGGCCAAUCAGAAAUCGGAUGGGGGCGGGACUUAGAUAUCUGGAAAAUUUUGUUUCAGAUCCAACAGAAGUUGGAGCUCGAAUAAAAUGAGUUUCUUUGUUAGAAGAAGUUUGAAAAAGAACUGGAAACAAUAUUGAAGCUGGUAGAUUUAAAAAACCAGAGAAAGAUGUUUAUUGAUUCCUCCACCUGAGAGAGAGACGAGCCUCGCAGGUGGAUGCUAACGUUAGCUGAACAGUAGCAGACAGGUGCAGCCCAGAAGAGAAGCAGGCAUGGCUUUAAUCACAGUGACCCGGGAAACAACACCCAACCAACAGGUGUGUGUUUACUGAGUCAGGUGUUGUGUUAAAAGCUGAUUGUUCACUGCUGUGCAGGAGUGUGCAGCCUGUCUCACUUAUAACUGACUGUUUGUUUCUUUAGUUGUUGGAAUUUAACAAUAUUAACUAGAGAUGUGUUGAGUACUGUUUUAAGAUUUAAAACAUGUUCCAGUGGAUUAAUUGAUAACAUCUGCUGAGGCAUCACAUUUUCUAUUUAAAUCACUCUAACCUGUCAGACCUGCCUUCUUUAACCAAGAACGACUCCCUUAAAACACUUUAUAGUGAUUGUGGGACUACAUACUGUUCCCACCUGGUUUUGCUUGGUUGGGAUCUCUAUCUUCACCAUUUAUUUACCUCUUACUGUCCUGUGGAGGCCAGACAACUCUGGCUCCACCCGGCCGGCCUCUUUGAAGGCCUCCAGACGUUCUCCGGACAGGCAGACUUAAGGGCUCGACACACUGGAGGCCACGUCGCUCGCUCUCCAUUCAUUUCUUAUGGAAGUUGUGCGGUGAGGCGA